AUGGCUCAAUCAGCAGUACAGCAGCCUUCCCUCUCUCCUACCCUCUCGCCACCUCUUUCGCCCGCCGGCGGUAGCGUCACUGCUAUCAUCCAGUCUCCCACUUCAGAGAUGUCAAGCAAAGCGACGCUCACUCUCAAUGGACACCCAUCAUCUACCCCUCAUCACACCCAGCAAAUCAAACAGGCUCGCAAACAAGCCAACCCAAACGGCCAUACUUCCGAUCGCAAUGGCACCCGCCAUCGACCCUCCUCUAGCAGGCACAUCAACGGCAAUGGUCACCAUCACCACACCGUAAACAAGCGCGUAGAAGCAGCUAACGAUUCUACAAUCGCCAAAGCACCUCGCGCCAGCUUCUCGAUCGCUACCAAGCCACAAGACCGAGACCCUAGCCUGCUGCGUCAACCACCGCAAUUCAAAGGCUUUGACAGCUUGAGCAGCUAUCAACUCGAUCACAACGGUCGCAUUCCCGCCAGCGAAUACAACUACAUUCAACGUGAUAAGCUUGUUGCUAGUGCACAGCAGUCGGCAAUUCGUUCGGGUAACCUUCAUUGGGUCGCACUCAUGGAUCUCGCUCACCUCGCCUCGCAACAUCACACGAGCCCGUAUAGUAUGAUCAAGUUUGGCCCUCGUGGCUCCCCCUUUGCAUACAUCCCCAUCACAUUGCAACAGCCAGAGGUUGUCGAAAACACGAUGCUGCGACAAAGGGAGGAAGAGCUGCAAGCCAAAGCUUGGUUGAUCGCAAAACAUCAACAGAGGCUUGGUCACGCGACCUUGAAUGGUGCCACGCCCAUGGACAGCGAUGACCAUCUUCCUGUGCUAAGCUUGCCUCCUGAAAAUUUCAAGCAAACCAAUGGUGCAUCCAAUGCAACCAACGGAUCUUUAUCAAACGUCGGCACAAAACGACCUGCUUCGCUUACCACACCUCCCGAAAGUCGUGCCAGAACCCUCCUCCGCACUGAUGUCGACCUCAAGAACCGUCAGGUCGAACGCGAUCUCCGUGAGGCAAUGACUGAUUCUAUCGAUGCUAGCCCUUCUCCACCGACCCAAGUGCUCGCGCCUCGCUCACGAGAAGCGUCCUGCUCGAACCAAGGCGUCGACCUCACGCCGCCCAAGCCCGAAGAGACAAGGAUGGUCGAGAUUGGCAACUCGACAACAGAGCGCAAGGGUGCCAAUGGAAGCACACAGCACACCGAGCAGAUGGCCGAUGAGCUCAUGACCUCUUCUCAAGCUGGUAGCAACGUCGAACUUGGCGGACCUAUGGACAAAGAAUGUACAAUGGCACAAGAGAUGGAGGAAGCUGAUGCGACCAAGAAGCCUGCUCAUCUCAACGGCACGCCUUCCAAAGAUGCCUCACUUGGACCUCUCAACCACACCGAAAGCAACUCUCACGCCAAUGGCAAUGUCAACGGCGACGGCAACGGCAACGGCCACAGCAACGGUUUCGACACUGAACAACAGCACCAACAACACCAACAACACCAACUCGCAAUGAAAACCUCAGACACGCACCCAAUCCACAUCUCUCCCAUCCUCCCCGAUGAUCUUCUCUCCGAUGUCGGUCGACGCCUCCACUCCAUCGCCGAGCACCAAGUCGUCCAACUCGGCUCUAGCAACGGCGACUCCUCCACCCCCCUCUCCCACCAAGCCGCCAUCACCGCCGCUACCAAAAAGUACUUCACCGAACACUCCCGAGAACAAAUUGAAGGAGACCGUCUCAUCCGGCUCCGCAACAUGCUCGACAUUGCUUCCAUCACCGCCACAGACGCUAGCGCGGACUAUCUUUCCCAACCCCAACUCGCCGAGCAAGCGUCCAAAGAGAAGGCCCUUACUCUAUCCUCUUCUCGAGAUGGGGAGGGUAAAGAUGGGGUGGCAUCUAGCAUCACCGGUCCUUCCAUCGGCAACCUUCUACUCUCUUCCUGUCCGGGGAAGAAAGUCCGCCUUUCGGGACCUGUUCGCGGACGAGGUGCAAUCUGUCGCGAUCUAGGACUGGACUUGGACCGAAUCUUCAGCAUUGGCGUUGGAGCGGUGGUAUGCUGCUUGAACGAUGAAGAGUUAUCCUACCUCGGAGCACCAUGGUCUGAAUAUGAACGUGAAGCAGAUCGAUUAGGACUUGCCAUUUACCGUCUUCCCAUGGCAGAAGGUUUUGCGCCAACCAACGUGCAAGAAAUGGAUGCGGUAAUGACUUGUAUCGUCACUGAUUGCACUAUGCGUGGUACAAGCGUCUUGGUUCAUUGUAGAGGUGGAGUGGGGAGAGCCGGCUUGAUUGCUUGCGCUUGGUUGUUGAAGAUGGGCUUUGUCGGUCAAGGUAGCAAAGAAGCAGUUGACACAGGCAAUGUAAAAGUGGGUGGGGGCAUAGGUUCAAGUAAAGAAGUGGUCAAGGGAACUACAAGUACAGAAUCGCACCAUGCGAUACUAAACCAAGAGGCAAUGGAACAAGGUGUCAAUGGAGAAGAAGAAGCGGAAGCAGAAUGCCAUGCCAUUCUGGAUACCGUAAAAUGUCUAAUUGAGACGAUAAGGAGGAGGAGAAGUCCAAAAGCGAUAGAAACGGCAGAACAGGUCAGAUUUUUGGUCGAAUACGUUACUUAUCUGCAUCGACAGGAACGCUUCAAGGCUUCACAUGGUCGUUGA